AUGUCUGAAAGUAGUAAGACACCACCUAUUGCAGGUGAGAAAGAGAAGAAAUCAAAUAGCAAUAACAAGCGAUUUAAUCUCAAGGUAAAUGUUGUUAAAGCUAAUAAGCUGGUUGGUUCCGAUGGUGCUGUUUGCAGUCCAUACGUUAAAGUGGUCUGGGGAAACAAAAAGAAAGCACAAAAGACUAAAGUGGUUACAAAAUCAUCUGAUCCAGAAUGGAAUCAAUCUAUGGCAUUUGAAGUUAAAUGUGAUAAAUAUCCAGAGAAAAAACCAGAUGUAGAAAUCGAAGUUUAUGAACAUAAUAAAUUCUCUGGUGAUAAGUUGAUCGGUGAGGUUAACUAUCCAAUCACAGAUACCAAUGUCAUUUUGAAUGAGCCAUCCAAUAUUGUAUUACCAGUGAUUCUCAAUCAAGGAACCAAACAUGAAUCUAAAUCUGAUCUGUCACUCAGUUUAACACCAAACUUUGGACAAGAUAAAGCAGUUGUUGAGAAACAAAGACAAAUUGAUGAACAAAAGAAGAUGGCAGAUGUUGAAAGACAAUUUGCACUUUUAGUUGAUCAAUUGGCAAAUGAUCCAAAAGCAAAGGAAGCAAUGUUAAAGAUGGAUUGGAAAAAUAAGAUGUUGAUGAUAGAGCAAAAUAAAGAUAAAUUAUCAAGUGAUAAAACACCUGAUCACUUUGCAGUUAAACUACUUCGUGAACUUGGUAUUCGUGCCAAGAAAUCAUUGACUGCAAGCGCUGGAUCGACACCAUCUUCACCAACAUCAUCAUCCGAGGGUAUGUCCGUUUCUGAUCUCAAAGACAUCAGUGUUGCAUUGCGUUCACGUGGUCUUGAUUGGAUUCGUCAAUUCCACAAACUAGAGGCAACCACACGUCUCGUUGAAUUACUCAAUGUUAUCAAUCUACAACCAACAUUGAAUGAAGAAUCGAUUCAGCAACAAUUCGAAUGUCUAUCAUGUAUAAAGAAUAUUAUGAACAACAAGAUUGGUAUACAAUUCAUCUUGAGUGUCAAGAAUUCAUUUAAGGUUAUUGGUGCAUGUCUUGGUUCUACAAAUGAUAGAGUUAAUGAAUUGGCUAUUGCGUUGUUGAAUGCUAUUAAUUUUGCAUCGGAUAAUGGACACAAGAUCAUCAUUGAAGUGAUGAACAACAACAAGGUGAUCAAGGGUGAAAAACGUAGAUUCAUAUCAUUGGUUAGUGCAUUGCGUUCGAAACUAGGACAAAAGGAGACACGUGAGUCUCUCAAGAUGAAGUCAAUCUAUUUGUCAUUCAUCAACGUCAUUGUCAAUUCGCCACCUGAAAUUGACUUGCGUCUCUCGUUGCGUCAGGAGUUUUACUGGUUGGGUUUGAAGGAGAUCAUUGCCGACCUCAGCAAGUACGAGUAUGACGAGUCGCCAGAGCUCGAUACACAGAUCACUGUGUUUGAGGAGGAAGAGAACAAGGAUAGCAAGGAAAUGGCCGAUCGUUUCAACGAAUUCCCAGGUCUCAACUUGACCUCCAUCGACGACACUAUCAAGGCGUUGAUGGACAAGAUCAAGAUCACUGGACUCGUCGAUACUUUCCGUGAGAUUGUCAAGGACUUGCUCUUGUUGCCGGCAAACGAAGAUCUAGGUCUUCGUACAUGGUUGGUCGCCUCGAGAAUCAUCAAACAAAUCUCGUUGCGUGACAAGAACAUUGGUGUCGACGAAGACUUUAUUGUACCACUCGAUAAUUUGUUGCUCACUUGCGAGCAAGAAGCAAAAGAGCUUCCACUUCGCGCCAAGAUUGAAGAUCUCUCAAAGGGAUCACAGGAUCUCAACAAGAAGGUUGCAGCUCAAGAGCUAGAGUUGAAGGAGAAGAUCGAUCUCGUCAAAAAGUACGAGGAAACCUCUGCUAAACAGUUGGAGGAGCUGAGCAGCAAGUUGAAGAGUAAGGAGGAUGAUAUCAAGAUGUUGUUGGAGCAGAUCGAGACAUUGAAGGCUAGACCAAUGGCCUCGGUAACUGCGACACCAGUAGGUGCAGAUUUACCAUCGUCCGGUGGACCACCACCACCCCCUCCUCCACCCGGAGGACCACCACCACCCCCACCCCCACCAGGAGGACCACCACCACCUCCUCCACCACCCGGAGGACCUCCUCCACCUCCUCCACCCCCAGGAGGACCACCUCCACCACCUCCACCCCCAGGUGGCGGACCACCCCCACCUCCACCACCCCCAGGAGGCCCACCAGGCCCACCACCCCCACCAGGAGGACCUCCAGGACCACCACCCCCACCAGGUGGAUUCGGUAAGAAGGCUGCUGCUCCAGCAAGAAAGCAGAUUCCACUACCAGGAAUGAAGAUGAAGGGUCUUCAAUGGACCUCUCUCAACGAUAAAAAGAUUCAAGGUACAGUGUUUUCUAAAUUCACAGUCGAUUCAUCAAAGGAUAUCAACUUGGACUACAAGGAAAUCGAAGAAGCAUUCCAAGCCAAGGUCAUCGAAAAGAAAGAAUCGUCUGCACCCAAAAAGAGUGGACCAGUCGCUAUCAUUGAUGGAAAGACCAGUCAAAAUCUAUCGAUCUUUUUGUCUCAAUUCAAGGGUAAAUCAUUCGAUGACAUCUGUGGUGCAAUCAAUCGUGGUGAUGAAUUGAUGUUCCAAAGCAAUCACAUUGAUGCACUGAUCACUUUCUUGCCAUCGGACGACGAUAUCAAUAACAUCAAUGAAUUCCUCAAGGAGGAGAAGGAUGUCACCAAGUUGGGAACUGCCGAGCAAUUCUCAUUGAAGAUCAACGCCGUUCCCUCGGUAAAGACACGUCUCACUGCCAUGAAAUUCAGAUUCGGUUACGGUCCAAAGAAGUCGGACAUCAAGUUGGAUAUUGCCAACUUCCGUACCGCCGUCAAGGAGCUCAGCGAAUCCACCAAGAUUCCAAAGAUCAUUGAAAUCAUCUUGAUUCUCGGUAACUUUAUCAAUGGUGGUACACCAAGAGGUAAUGCAUUCGGUUUCAAGUUGAAUACCAUCACCAAGCUUGCCGAUACCAAGUCCACUGACAACAAGAUGUCGUUGAUCAACUACUUGGCCAAGGUCCUACAAAAGGACUUUAACAGUUUGACCAACUUUGCCGAGGAGCUCAAGCAUGUCGAACCGGCAUCAAAGAUCUCAAUGUCCAAUCUCUUGUCAGAGAUUGCCACACUGCGUAAGGACUUCCUCCAAGUACAAAAGACCAUCGAAACAUUGGCACCAUCCGACGAUCAAGAUACCUUCAAAUCGACAUUCGAGACAUUCUUGAAGGUCGCCCAAGAGGAUAUCGAUCAAAUCACUGACAACUCGCAACAAAUGGAAACAGAGUUUAGAACGUUGGCCACCAACUAUGGUGAGGAUCCAAAGAUCGAUCCAUCAGAGUUCCUCAUGAUGUUUGUCAAGUUUGUCGAACAAUACGAUAAAUCGACCAAAGAGAACGAACAAUUGGCACAACAAGCAGAAAAGAUUGCAAAGAGAGAGGCUGCUAAGAAACUCAAGGAGGAAGAGGAUGCCAAGAAGAAGCAAGCCGCCGAAGAAAGAAAGAAGAAGGGUGCUUCAGAAGAAGUUAUGCCAGAGGCAGUUGUCGAUGAUCUCUUGAAUACCAUUGCAAGUGGUGAUGCCUUCAAGAACAGAAGAAGAGCUGGUCGUGGUGCUCGUGCUGCUCAAGUAGAUUUAGAUUCAAUAGAAAUCGAAGUAUAA